CAUGGCUUUCCCCCUUUUCUCGCAACUGGCAUCUCCAAGCGAGCUGCCGCAGCCCCAAAUCUUCCCAGCCAUCCACAACACAGCACUAAUGCAGGAGUCGACACCACCAGACAGAAUUCCCCGUGACGGCCAACUCUGCCAUCCUGAAACAAGAAAGAAGUGCAGUGCCGCCAAAAAGCAAGCCAGGCCUCCCUCCUCCUCACACACAAAAGAAGACCAAAGCCCUCGUCCUCCCCAAUCGAACCUUCGACCAAAUCUUCCAACCUUCGUUUCCAGACUUUUCCCCCGUCAGUCCGUCAUGGCAUCAACGAUUCCCCAUGUCCAGUAACCAGCAUUGAAACGUCCCCAGGAAAUCCUCGCGAGUGAAACGCAAAUGCGCCACCUUUCCUGUACCCACGGACCUCAAGAAUCAUCCCGGGACUACGGAUAUUUCAACCAGCCAUCUCCUGGGUGCCCCCACUCCUGCAUCUGCGCAAACGAAACGCACCCGAACGAACGAACGAAUGAACGGACGGACGAACCGGCGCCGUUUAUGUAACGACGCAUAUCCUGUCCUUGCAUGCAGCUCAACCGUCGACAUACUUCCGGAAGUGA